CCCGCUCCCACUCCGCGGAAUCUCCCCUGUCCACCACCCGUCUGAUCUCCUCCUCUCUCCGACCCCCCCUCCCUCCGUCCACCGGCUCGCUCACAAGAGGCGACCGCCCGGCCACUUCCACUCCCGCACGGCAACCUCCUCCUCCUCCAUCUCUAGCUGCGGCUGCGAGCAGCUGCUGCGUCCGCUCAUUUGUUCGCUUCCUCUUCGUGCGAGCUGUCUGUCCACCCCGACAUAGAACACGAGGGAGGCGAGCCGAGGGAGCAGAGCGUAUAAGAGACCCCGGCCGGGCCGCCUUCAGCGCGCGUCGUCGUCGUCUCGUGCGCUUCAUCCUCUUGCUUGGAGCUUCAAGGGAGGAGGGAGGAGAGAUGGGGGAGGCAGCGGAGGCCAGCAAGACCCUGCACAACUGGAUGGGCGAGCCGGGGCAGGGGGAGGGCCGGGACGACGAGGAGAGGACGCUGCAGCUCUGCCUCGGGCUCCCCGGUGGAGGGGGAGGAGGGGCCGCGGCGCCCGCGUGGCGGAGGGCGCCGGGCAGGGACAAGGGGAGCCACCCUGCUGCUGCUGCCGCCGCCGGCAGCGCCUCCUUGCUCUCCCUCGGCUACUCCAACGCGGCGGCUCUCUCUCCCUGCUGCUCGCAAGGCAAGGCAAAGGGGUCCCCAGCACAGGCUACAGGGCAUGCCCUUCCGUCCACUAACAACACUUCCCAGACAAGAUCUCCUAAUGCCCCAGUUAUCGGGUGGCCUCCAGUUCGUACAUUCAGAAGAAAUCUAGCUACCUCUAGCAAAGCAUUCCUUGAUCAUCAGAGUGGGAAGAAGGCUGCCAAACCUGAAGAGACCACAAAAAGAGCUCCAUUUAUAAAAAUUAACAUGGAUGGAAUUCCUAUUGGAAGGAAAAUCGACCUGAAUGCCCUUGAUAGCUAUGAGAAUCUCUCUCUGGCUGUCGACAAGCUGUUCCGUGGACUCCUCGCAGCACAACAAGACCCUCUGGCUGCUGGUCCAAGGGAGUGUCCACAGGAAGAGGUGGCGAUAUCUGGUUUACUAGAUGGAACCGGCGAUUACACUCUAGUUUAUGAGGAUUAUGAAGGUGACAGGGUACUGGUUGGUGAUGUUCCCUGGGGGAUGUUUGUUUCUUCAGUGAAGAGGCUGCGAGUCCUGAAGACAUCUGACCUCUCUUCAUCUCUAACAGCAUCAGGCCGGAAAAGAGCGGUGGCCGAGUGUUGACACUACCUGUGAUGUGCUGUGAAGAAGAAAACAUCUUCUGAGCUUGUAUCAAAUUGUCUUUCCUCUGGGCUCCCUUUCUUUUGCCUACUUUCUUGGAAGGGGAUCAUCGGUGCCGACCUUUUGGGUUUUAUGUUCUUAUUAUUCUGUUCCUGCCUAAGUCAAUUCAGAGAAGCGAUGUGUUGGGGUCAAUUUGACGUGGUAUGUAAAUGUUCAGACGAAUCAGCGCUACAUCAACGCUGCCUAAUUCUGUUUGUUGCAUGCAA